AACUAGUGUUAUGGAAUUUCCGGUUCCGAGUGCGAGCUGAGCGUUACCCUAGUAACAGGAAAGUCUUGUAUCCGACAGGACGAAGGAAUUGCAAAAAUGGCCGCAGAAUCAAUUGGUGGAUUGCUUUAUGGGUACAAAAAUGCCAUUACAAUACAGCCAGACAGAAACGAUGUUGUGUGGGUAAACAAAAGACACGAUCCUUUGGACCUAAGAAGCAACGCACCUGUUCAGCGCUCAAAAUUCAUCUGCGGACCUCCAGACAUGGCUGUCGAUAACCAUUGGAAACGCGAAACACAUCCUUCGUUGAAGACUUUUUCACGGCAUCUUGAAGAGGAAAAAUGGUAUCCUUCCACUCAAGCAACAAGGUGUGAAGAGUGGUCUACACUGAGACAAAUGUUUCCAUCUAAAGGCGUCCCAGAUCGAGUUCUUUGUCCAAGAUGGGGAACUGGUUUACCUCUUGCGCCGAGGUUUCAUCCAAAAAUUCAAAAGCGAUUUCCACAUAUAAACAGCCCUAUGACACGAUAUGUGGAUGACAUGCAUCUCACAAACAGGCUCUUCAAACUGCACUGAGGCAUAAACUGAUUAACCUGUACUUGAAAACACUAAAUAUCUUGGUGACUUGCUGUACUCUCAAGUAAAGAAGAGAAUGCCAAAUUGUGGAGUGACUGGAAGAAUUUUUAAACAACUAACUUAUAAUAAGAAAUUUUUAUUAGAUAUUUUUCAUACUGUUGUUUGUAACAGGUGUAUCUUUUCUCACAAAAAUUCAAUAAAAUAUUGCAAAUUAAAUUA